GUGAAAUCUUAAAUAUUAUUUACUUUAUUGAAAUGUUUUUUUGUUAUUUAAGAAUUUACUUAACGCAUGUCUUAUAUCAAAUAUUGAAAUAUGUUUAACUUGAUAAGAAAUAUCUAGGAACCUAAGUAAAGGUCAAUAAUAUAAACUGAUGCCGUAAUAGAAAUAAUAAAAUACCGCCUCAAGUGGUGUUUAUCUAUCUGGAUUUGAGCAAACAAAUCAAAAAUGGUCAAUAACUGAUAUAAGAAAUUAAUAGGUACCUAUACCUAUCUACAGAAGUUCUGUAACAAUUUCACCAUAACGUACCUAUUAGGUACCUACAUCAAUUUAAUGUUAGCAGAAAUAGCGUCAUCUUUCUGCUUUUUAAAUAUUUGGUUUUUGAAGAAAAUACAAAAAUGAUAAGAUAAAGUGGUGCCAGUCAUUAAAUAUUUUGAAUUGGUCUCCGGUACUUAAUUAAAAGACAACUUCAACGACCAUGAAGAGAUGGGCCAGACGGGCAAAAACCCCUCUUCUAGGAACAAACGUUGCGGAAUAGCAAUUUAAAAAUUAAAUUGCGUGUUUGAGGAACAAUGGCUUUCUUUAUCAUCAGGCCGCAUUGCCCCCAGCUCGACUGAUGCUUGUAGUUAAGUGGGUCUUUUUUAGCCAAAAAAUCGUAAAGGCCUAUUAUGAACGUCUACCAGACCAUUGAUAUAUUUGCGAUUUCCAAUACAAAUAUCAUGUGUUGUUAUAUGCGAAAAAUAAUAUUGCAGCUAUUGUGUUUCGUUUUUGUAGGUGUUUGUAGGAACCAUAAAAGUUGAAAAUAAGGUGCCAAAGCAUUAAUAUAAGUCUGUACAAAUAUAAAUUCGAACAAUGGAAUUAUGUUUGAUUUGAAAAUAAAAUGAGAUGCAAACUCUGGUCUGGCUUUUAUACAUUUUAGUAAUAUUUUAGGUUGUCGGUUUGUAUAAUCGACCUAUGAGUUUUCUGUGUCCAUCAAGUGAAGUAGGUGUAUUUAAUAUUUGAGAGAAAAUUGCCAUUGAGAAUCUUCAUAUAUCUUACUUAAAUGUGUGCCUUUUCUUAAUAUUUAAAAAAAAAAAAAUUCUUGAAAGUUAAGUUCCUGAUGUAUUUGAGAUAAAGUUUGAUACAAAGUUAAUUGAAAAUACAAUUUUAAACACAAUCUAUUAGGAAAAAACCAAAUACUGUAUCAAGUUCCUCUGUACUCGGGCUCUGGCCACGGUACCGCGGUAGUACCAUACUUCCAAAAAAAAAAAACAUUCAUGCUAAUCGCCAUCGAUGCUAUCUCGGACGGAAUCGUUGUCUCUGGCCGGGCCAAGUUUCACCAGUGAUGGUUUAAGUCAGUCAGACUCCGACUACUGACCGACUUAAGGCAGGUCGUACCGCGGCGGUACUAUACAACUAGGGUGCGUGUUUCAUGUCUGUCGGCGAAGAGCCGGGAUCCUCAUACGAAAUCGAAGGAAGAGAAGUGCGGUACCAUCGGGGGGUGAAUAUUUAAUUUAUUUGUGAGAAGUAUUUCGGGUACUACCUGGAUCGGCCUUUAUAGUGUGAGGGUUUGAUUGGAAUAUUAAAUUUUAUUUGAGAAGGAAAUUCAAAUGUAAAGAAAUGCCCAAGUAAACUUCGUCCGAUAAGUUUCCACCUGUCCGUCCGAAGGUAAUGAUGCGCAAUAAGAGCCGAUACGAAAAUGGCUAAACCCAAGAAAGUGUUGAAAAUAAUCUUGGGUGUCGUUAUCGGAGUACUGUUUUCGCAAUUAUUCGCGAACACGACCAAUUUUUGCACACCGCAUUUCGCUUUGAAAACCGAAAAGUUGGACGAUGCCGACUUUGUCGCGGGAAAGUCCACGCCGAGGAGCAAAAACUUACUUUUUGUUGGUGUCAUGACAGCCGAUAUUUACUUAGACACUCGUGCCAAGGCUGUAUGGGAAACAUGGGGCAAAGAAGUUCCCGGAAAACUGCUAAUAUUCGCCUCAGAAAAUUCAACAAGCAAACACGUGCCUCUUGUAUCGCUUCUGGGCACCGACGACAGUUACCCGCCUCAGAAAAAAUCAUUCACCAUGUUAAAAUAUAUACACGACAAUUUCAUAGAUCAAUACGAGUGGUUUUUGAGGGCCGACGAUGACGUGUAUCUCAGAAGUGAUAAAAUCGAGGAACUUCUGAGGGCUGUUGAUUCUAGGAAGGCGCUUUUCAUUGGUCAGACCGGUCGAGGAACCAAAACGGAGAGAGGACAUCUAUCUUUAGAUUCAGAUGAAAAUUUCUGUAUGGGGGGUCCUGGCAUGAUAAUGAGUAGAGAAACCCUAAAAAGAAUGGCACCGCAUAUAGAAAAGUGCAUAGUCAAUUUGUAUACCACCCAUGAAGAUGUGGAAAUCGGCAGAUGCGUCAGGAAAUAUGCUGGAGUGUCUUGCACGUGGAAUUACGAGAUGCAAGUAAUUUUCUAUCACAACAAGAGCGGUUUGAAUGCCUACACCGGUAACUUGAAAACCAAAGAAGUUCACAAAGCUAUAACGUUACAUCCUGUCAAGCAACCAGAUUACAUGUAUAAUUUACACAAAUAUAUUCAUGGAUUAAAAGUACAAAGUUCCCUGCAGAAAUCAAUUUGGCUACAUCGAGAUAUCGCCAGUUCAAUGCAAGAACUCGGUUAUUCAAUCACUAGUCUGGAUAAUGCAACAUUGGGCAAAGAUUUGCCACUGUUUCCAAUCAAAAAAGGUGCCGAACGAUAUUUGGGAGAUACUAGUAUUUUAGGCAAACCAAUUAGUAUUAAUAAAUACCAACCCAGAAAUGUGUCGAAUGUUCUGGAAUGGGAACUCAUUUCGAAAAAUCUUUAUUCACAUAAGGAUUUGAAUCCUAGAAAACGAAUCGGAUCGUCAUUGAAAGAGGGACUGGAAGACGUCACGAGAGAGGUCAUGGAACUGAUUAACUUAUAUUCGAAACAACGAGGUAGGAUAAUUGAAUACCGUGACUUAUUAUAUGGUUACUACCGAUGGAACCCAAUCCACGGAGCAGAUUUGAUCCUCGAUUUACUAUUAAUAUACAAAAAGUAUCGGGGACACAAAAUGAACGUUCAAGUGAGAAGGCAUGCUUACAUCCAACAAACGUUUACAGGUGUUUUUAUCCGAGAAGUCACCGACGAUCCAGAACCAAAACCAAACCAAGAAGAAGACAAUAAGAACCUCUUCAACAAAGUAAUAAACCAAAUCAGCAACAACUUGCCACCAUUGCUCAGCUUCAAUCGUGAUAAUCAAGACCAGGCUGUGAUAAACUUUUUGAUGCCGCUCAGCGGUCGUUAUAGUACUUUUACCAGGUUUCUGACAAUGUACGAAGACGUGUGUAUUAAAAAUUGGGAAGCUACGAGACUUUUCGUGAUACUUUAUCGAAGUAAAGAGGAUCCUAGUGAUUACGAGGCUACUUUGAGGCUUAUUAACGAAACAAAUUCCAGAGUUUAUGGUAGUCUUACGAGUGCCUAUAGAAAUUACAAUAAAAUAACUGUGAUAGAAACCAGCGCAACUGAACAGUUUUCGCGGGCGAGUGCUUUACAAAAGGCUGUAAAUAAUUUAAAUUCUAGCGAUCUAAUGCUUUUUAUGGACGUUGAUAUUGUGUUCGAUCAAUCCUUUUUGUAUAGGGUGCGCAAAAACACUAUAAUUAAAAAACGUGUCUAUUUUCCUAUAUUGUAUAGUUUGUACAGUCCUUAUUUAUUAGAUAUAGGCCUAAAGACUUACGAUUAUAUUAACUUUUCAUAUUUCACUGCCAAUCAGACUGAUGGUAACCGAGGCUUCUGGAGGCAAUUCGGUUUUGGUAUAGCCUCAAUGUACAAGAAAGACUAUAACGUUUUAGGUGGUUUCAAUGUGAAUAUUACUGGUUGGGGUACUGAAGAUGUUGCAUUUUUCAAUAAUAUUGUUAAAAAUCAUACUUACAAAGUGAUACGAAGUGUGGAUCCAGGAUUGAUACAUAUAUUCCAUGCUGUUAAGUGUGAUCCUAAAGAAUUGGACAAUGAACAAAUGGGUAUGUGCUUAGGCACCAAAGGUAGCACGUUGGGAUCUCUAGAUACUUUACAGAGACUUUAUGAGAAAUAUUACAAAUUGUUUAUAUAAUAAUAUGUUUUUAAAAGAAUUUGAUAUUUUAGGAAAGUUAAAUUUGAUGAUCUCAAAUUUUAUUUUCUGAUAGUAGUAGGUAAUCUUUUUCCAAUAAUGGUCAAAACGAAAAUUAUGGAAUUUUAAAUAUUAUUGUCUGUGAUGCCAGUUUUAAUGAGGCAACUAUUUUUGAUAUUUGUACGUGCUAAUCAAUCAGCUAAGUAUAGUUCCUAUAUGAAUAUAUUAUUUUUGAUAUAAAGAAAUGCCCACCACACAGUGUGCCAUAUAAUGGGUAAUUCAUUGUAGGUAAAAUGUUUAAAUAUUUUUUAAAUUUAAGUAGGCAUUUAUAAUUUAAAAAUCACAGAGCCAUUUUUUUGUAUAUUUUUGUUUUAAGUAUAAUGUUAUCUAAAGUAAGUAGGUACCAGAAGCUUUUAAUACACAUACUCAUGAUAUUUGAAUAUUAUGCAUAUGUAAUUUUUUAAAUUAGUCAUUGUUUUAUUAAUUUAUUAAUAAUGUAUAUACCUAUUUUUAAAACAUUUCAUUGUGAAGUAAUUAAUUUAUAAGCUGGCCUUAUGUAGAAGCUUAAAGCCUUUUAUUUUAUUUAUACACAGGGUUAAAAGUCCUGUAUCUUUCAAAUGGCAAAGAAGAACUUGUAUACAAAAUUGUAAAAAAAUACCUAAAUAAAUUCUAUUGAGUAGGUGCAUGAUAAUUUUUUUGAACAAAUCAGGGAUGCCAUCCCUAAAAAAUGGUGUCUAUGAAAUUUUAUAGGUACCUUUUUUGUAAUUAAUUAGAAUAAUUGAGGUCUAAAAAUGAGAUUAUUAUUUGUUGAUUUUUACAUAUGCUCAAAUAAAUUAAACCAUUUUAGAUUAAAUUAAGUAAAACAAAUUUUAAAUGAAUGUAAGCAAAUUAAUUUUAAUAAAAAUAGGCUGAUAAAAAUUUAGAAUUUAUUUUUCCAUUCCUCACAUUGAUUUGGUAUGUUAAUCACUAUAUUCAACAAGCAAUUUACUGCUAAGAAAAAUUCAAUUAGGAUUUUUUUGGUCUCAGCUUGAAAUUUUCCUCAAUUUUGGUUCUCAAGCGCAUCAAUUCCAUAUUAUGCUUUGCCAUUUCUUCUGGCGUCAAUAUUUUGCGCAGUUUUGGCGGUGGUCUACUUAAUAUUUCUUUUACCUAAUUUAUAAAUGUUGAUAUUGUUAAAUGAAUGAUGCUGUACUUACUUGAUUUUCUA